AUGCUGAUUCAGGCGAAUUUCGAAGAUACACGAUGCCGAUGUGUCUGUCCAAGUACGAUGUACUUUGUAUCGGAGAACCGCACCUGUCCAAGUACGAUGUACUUUGUAUCGGAGAACCGCACUGAUCGGAAUGAUAAUCAUCGACGCUACUACACAAUGACGAAUAUCAAUCCUAGUAAAUGUAAUCCCCAGUCGGUUGUAAAAGGUGAAGUGAUCAAGAUUGUCGAUGAGUGGCACAUGGAUGCGUUUCUGGCAAAUUGUGAUUGCCGAUUUGAAAGCAGAAAUACAGUUAUGUUGAAGGUCGUGGUGAUAUUUGUGAUCUGUGUAAUAAUGCUGCUUGUAACGUAUAUGGGUUUCCUAAUGUGUCUGGAUCCAGUACUUCGCAAACAAAGAUUCAAUCAGUCUUCAUAUCGACAACAAAACGAUGAGAUGGAGGACAAUAUUUUCGCUCGAGCAGCUGACACUGCUCCAUCUGAAGGUUCUACUGCCACAACAAGACGAGCAAGAACCAGCAGUAAAUCAAACGUUCUCGGACGUGUCGAAGCCGAACAGAACCGGUGGAUGAAGAAAGUGGAGGAACAGAGAAGAAAUAUUUUUGAAGAUCAUACAAUGUUAAAUUGA